CUUGGCGAGUGACGCGUACAGGAAGAGAAACAGAUUUCAAAAACGUUUCAAUGUACCGAUUUUAAUGGUUUAUUUCUUCCACUAAAACCUAAUUUCAUCGGGAAAAGCUAUGCAGACGUGGAGUCUCGUAUCAAUUUGCGUGUUACUUGGCAUUAGUGCGAGAUGGGGAGUUUCGUUAAAUUCAUAUUCAGGAGCGGGGAAACCUCCCAUGUUUGGCGACUAUGAAGCCCAGAGGCACUGGCAAGAAGUGACCUACAACCUCCCUGUUCAGGAAUGGUACUUCAAUACUACAGACAAUGACUUGAACUACUGGGGGCUUGACUAUCCUCCACUCACCGCUUACCACAGCUGGAUCUGUGCUUAUAUAGCCAAAACAAUAAACCCAGAGUGGGUGGAGCUCCACAAGUCCAGAGGUUAUGAAAGUCCACAGCACAAGUUAUUCAUGAGAACUACAGUCUUAGUGGCGGAUUUGUUGAUAUACAUCCCUGCAGUGGUUUUAUACUGUUUAUACCUGAUUGAUGGAUCCUCUAGGAAAAAGGUUUCCAUUUUGUUCUGCUUUCUACUUUACCCAGGAUUAAUUCUCAUUGACUACGGCCAUUUCCAGUACAACGGAGUGAGCCUGGGUUUUGCCCUUUGGGGGAUUCUGGCUUUGGGUCUGGGCUGGGAUGUGUUGGGCUCCGUGGCCUUCUCUCUGGCUCUCAACUACAAACAGAUGGAGCUGUACCAUGCUUUGCCUUUCUUCUGUUACCUUCUUGGAAGAUGCAUCAAAACGGGGCUGAUGGGCCGAGGGCUUUUCUUGCUGGUGAGGAUUGGUGUAACAGUGUUGGCAACUUUUGCCCUCUGCUGGUUUCCCUUCCUGUCUGAUCCCAGCCAGGCCUUGCAGGUGGUCAGGAGGAUCUUUCCUGUGGCUCGGGGUUUGUUUGAGGAUAAAGUGGCCAACACAUGGUGCAGCCUGAACACCCUGAUAAAGAUCAGAUCCAUUUUGUCAAGUGACUCUCAGCUCUACCUCAGUUUUGCCUGCACUCUUCUGGCAGUUCUUCCUUCCUCUAUCAGACUGGUGACAAAGCCGACCUUCUGGCACUUGAAACUGUCUUUGGUCAAUUCAUCGCUGGCGUUCUUCCUCUUCUCCUAUCAAGUCCAUGAGAAGUCCAUCCUUUUGGCUGCCUUGCCUGUCUGCCUCCUGCUGAAUGACCUCCCCUUGAUGGCCAUUUGGUUCCUACAGGCCUCUACGUUCAGCAUGCUUCCUCUGUUCCUGAAGGAUGGCCUGCUGGUGCCCUACACUGUGACCUCCUUGGCCUUCCUCUUAUUCAGCAUCUAUCUACUGUCUGCACUGGAUCACUGUUCAGAGGACAAACUGAAACUGGGAGCCUACAAAAAGCUGUUAUAUUGCUUGCCCAAGAUGGAUCUGGCUUUUAUAGUGAGAUGGAAGUUCUACAUCAGCAUUGCAGCCAUGGUUGGCCUGAGCAUCAUCAGCGCAGUUCUGGUCCCUCCGCCACAUUUACCCGACUUGUUUCCUGUCUUAAUAUCUACUACUGCUUUCCUGCAUUUUCUGGGAACAUUUAUACAUUUCACCGUUGUUCAGUUCAGUGAGCCCCUCAGCAAAAAGAGCCAGAAGAAGAACAAAUAAAUCAUGUCAAAGGUGAAGGUGUUGAACUUAUUUUACACCACUGAAGUCAGUGUUACACACUGGAGUAUAUCUGCGUUUAAAGUGCUCGAGGCCUUUCACCCACGCCUUUUUUUACCAAAUACAAAACAAUGCAAGUGGUUAGAAAAUUACUGUGUUGCAAACUGCCAUUUCAAAAGAAUUGUGACAUGAAAUGAAAGAACGUUGUUGUGGUAUUUUUCAAUCUGGACCAAUGAAUUUAGUGCACUUCCAAGAAAAAUCUUCCAUGUUGUCAAAGUCACUCAAGUGAGGUUGACUAAAGUCAUGUGAAUUGAACCUAACUUGUUGAAUGAUUUGCUUGGAACAUUCAUAUGUUACAAAAAAGUACACUGUUCCUGGCUAACCUGAUGCUGCAUAGCCUACACAUCUGACUUGUCUGUACGCCCAAGAUAAAAGAAGUAGCCACAAUAACGUAAACCCCUAUUGUAAUGUUUCAUUUUUUUAGGGACCAGGAGUAUUGAUCUAAUUUUGUGGCAACUGUUGACACCAAAGUUUGUGGUGGUUUAUAAGAACAUUGUAAAUUGUUUGUUCUUUUGUCCACCUUGUGUCCUUGGGGUGGUGGAAUAUCAUAUCCAUCUAUUCACGUGAACUCAUCAUUGAAUUUCAUUGAACUGUUUUUUAAAAUAGUUUUCUACUGUACAUUUUUUGCCAAACAUUAAGGUUAUUUUGUACAAACUUAGUUUUUGCAAAAAUAAAUCAAA